AUGCUGCAUCAUGCGAGGAGUAUCACAGAAUGGGCUACAGAACCAACGGCGUCUACCUGAUCGACGUGGACGGGGCGGGUCCACUGGAACAUUCCUACGUCACGUGUGAAAUGGACACCAACCAAGUCGGGGGAACAACCAUUGUUGAACACAAUUUCUUACCCAACACCACUGUCCGUGGAUCAUGGCUACCUGACAUCCAGUAUACUUUAAAAUACAGGGAACUGUCCAGGGAGCAGGUAACUACACUGACCAAAAUAUCUGGUCACUGUGAACAAUAUAUACAAUAUAUUUGCUCAAACUCACCAAUAGAGCUUACAAAAAAGACGUGGUUCAAAUCAUCAACUGGCCAGAUAGUAGAUUACAUUGGUGCCCCGUCCUCUGGAUACUGUGACUGCCCACCUGGCAAGAGCUGCGGUGGAAAAUCUUGCUACUGUGAUCUGGAUAAGAAAGAUAUUACAAUAGACAAAGGUUUCAACAAGAUCAAGGAGCAGCUUCCUAUCAUGGAGCUGACAUUUAUCCAGAACCCGCAAGGCUCAGCUAACAUGACCUUAGGACCUUUGAAGUGUUGGGGAAGUGAUGACCAGCCAUUAGAGAGUUCAAUAACUAUAACAAACAGGGACAGCUAUUUACUACAGCAUCCAUGGACCUCAGGUGAUUUAAAACUGAACUUCAAAACACACAAAACAAAUGCAAUACUGAUGUACCAGUCCAGCAAGGAACAGGAGCAUCCAUACAACCUGGCUAAAGACAAAACUGGCAACAUCUUUUAUAUUAAAAUUAUAUCAGAAACUGAUGUGAAAUUCUUCAUGCAACUUGGUGAAAGUAAGAUAGAAAAAAUUCUGAGAUCACCAAAGAAGCUUGACCAAGGAGACUGGCACAUGAUCAGCAUUGAACAUGACCGCUACAACGUGAGAUUCUAUCUGGACUCCACGUCGGCUAUUGUUGACGUACCUGAAGGGGUGGAAUCUGUCACAAACUUCACUGGCGUAUUGUAUCUUGGAGGGGUCAACAAAACUAUUCUGGAAACAGCUGAAGAUUUUACUGGAUGUUUGCACGGCUUUGUCUACAACAAGGAGUCAGUUGAUCUCACUAAGUUGAUUGAUGCCAGUACUAGUGGUGUCACAAAGGGAUGCAUGUCAUACUGCUGGCCCAACCCAUGCAAGAAUGGAGGAGUUUGUGAAGAGGACUGGUCACACUACAAGUGUACAUGCACUGAUGCUUGGGCUCAUAUGGGAGACAACUGUGAAAUAGACUUGAAUAAGGAUUCAGUCACAUUCAGUGGGCUGCCAAAUUCCUUUCUCUUUUUUGACGUCUCUGACAAGCCCUCAGUUCUGGUAGAUACAAUUGUGUUGAGUUUCCGUACAUGGAUUACAAAUGUGGUGCUCUUUUAUGCCCAUGACCAGAUGGGCAACUUUGUGUUGCUGGAGUUGGUUGAGAACAAUGUCAUUAAGGUCAGCUUCAACAAUUUUUACCAGAUUGUGGAGGAUACUGUCUCUACACAAGAGCCUUUGAAUGAUGGCCAAUGGAAGCAAGUUGUUGUAGAAAAUGUUCACAGCUACACUCGACUGAUAGUUGAAGGCCAGUCAAAAUUCAUUGAAAUGAAGAGAGGCCGCAUUUCAAUCUACAGAUCAAAGCCAUUCAAAAAUGCUUUAAAUGAGGUACAUGUAUAUUGGAGUUACCCAUUGGAAGAGCCACCAGCUUUUGUACAUGCAUACGUUGGAGGUUUGCCAAGUGACGUCAGUUUCUUGAAGCCAAUUGAAGGGUGCAUUAGAGGGAUGCGUGUGGGAGAUCAUGUGUUUUCAUUAUCAGAACAGGCAACAGCAUUGGAUAAUGACACGUUGGUUGCACUCUCCUGUGAAAGAGGCUGUGAAGUGAACACUUGUCUGCAUAAAGGAAUUUGCAAGGAAAAAUGGAGGAAUAAAAAUUUUGAAUGCAACUGUGCAGAUAGCGGCUUCACUGGCUUUAGAUGUGAAAAAGAGCCUUCAAUUUUAGUGAAAGGCAAUACAGUGGUACGUCAUGUACUCGAUCUUGGCCCCAUGGAAGAGUACAGUGUGAGUGAAACUUUGUCAUUCCGCUUUAAGUAUGACAACCAGCACAAAAACAGUUACAGCCUUGGUAAAGAAACAGUGUUGGCUUACAUUGCCAGCUCAAAUUUUAAAGAUUACAUUCUCAUCACACUGGAUAAUCUGGGGAAUUUAAAAAUGGAAACCAAUCAAGGCUCAGGAGUUUAUAAAAUGAAACUAACUGGUGACUUUAAAGAUGGCAGAGCUCAUGACUUUUCAUACAGCAGAAAAACACCAAACAUUAAUUUGCAAAACAUGCAGCCCAUCAGUGUGGUGGUUUUACAGGUCAAACCUCUUGACCCUUUUGGAAAUGUCAUUGUGGAUGGAACAGUGGAGACUAUGAAUAAUUAUCCAGCAUAUCCAUUAAAUAACUUAAAUGCUAUUUACAUUGGAGGAUAUAUAAUGGAUGCUAUAAAAUUUUCUAAUGUAGCUAACUUCUCUGGAUGUAUUUCCAACACAGUUUUCAAACCCAAGGAUUCGAGCCUGCUGAUGUUCUACACCCUGCGAGAUCUGUACAUCAAUGUAUCUAACAUAGAUGUUCUAGGGGAGGCAACUACCACUUGCUCAACUAGUGAGUUAGAGGAGACAACUACCAGGUACAGCACUUCAGUGUCCAAGGUUACACCUGGGACUUACAAGGCUAACCAGUUCACUCAUCUGUGUCUUGCUGGUCAACAAGGUCGGGUCAGUAAAGCUCAUGGUUACUACACCAUGUAA